AUGAAUCGCUCACGAUCCGGCUCUGCAACCUCCAACACCAGCAAAGAGCUCCCAGCUGAUAACAUGGCCAUCCAGGUGCAAAUCAGCGGCGAAAAGACAAUCAAACUGAAUGUCCGGCCGGUUCACACCGUCUCCAACGUGCUGGAGUUCCUCUCUGCCUCCACGAACCUGCCAGCCGACGUUCAGCUGAUGUUUGACGGGAUGCCUCUAGAACCAUCAACCACGGUGGGAGAGCUCAAGCUACAAGAAUCAUCAACACUCAAGCUGUCUUCGCCGUCACGAAGUAGCACUCCCACAGAUGCAUCACAACCUCAAUCACAACCGCUAGCAACGGAUAUAAAUACCGCUCAACCCUCAACGUCUACAUCAUCAUCCACGUCGUCAACACCAAUACCUUCGGGCGCGGCUACACCCACAAAAAGGAAGUCGAACAAACCCCGGUGUUCCAAAGAUGGAUGCAAAGCGCCGGCGCAACCGAUCGUGGGAGACUGCGGCUUUUGUCAGAAGCGUUUCUGCGGAAAGCACCGUAUGUUAGAGUCUCAUAACUGCGAAGGGCUUGAGAACGCCAGAAAAGCAGACAAGGAUCGCAAUGCGGCCAAGUUGGAAGGAGAGCGGACUGUCAUGCUUCGUGGUCUUUAA